AUGAUACACAGAAAUCGCAUGAAGGACUCUUCGAGGAAGGUCAGUCCACCAGGACCGACUUAUAUGUCCGAUGACCAAGUUGCCAGCUACUUGAAAGAUCUCCGUUCCAAUCGUCCUUCUAGACCAAAUGGCUCUCGUCCCUUCCCGUCGCGUUCUACCACCUCCGUGUCCAAGGUGCCCGAAGAACCUCAUUCACGGGCCGCAUCCGCGUUGUCGAUGAAUGAAUGGCGCGAUUCACCGGUCAACGAACUAUCCCAACCAGACCCAUACCCUCGUUCUGCAAGCGCAAUGUCAAAUACCAGGCGAUCCUCGGACAUUAACCGGGCCAGCUCCGUGGGACGUCCCUUGGUUCCACAGCCAAGUGGCUAUUCUAUAAACUCAAGCUUUGCGCCUAGUCCCAGAAUCACUUCACAGUAUGGUGGACCCGUGUCGCCUAGUGCAGUCUAUCGCGAGAGCGGUUCGCGCUGGAUGGAACGGCAAGAAGCGCGCUCGCUACGGGAUGCGCUGCAGGAGAUGGAUUUGCAAGACGAGGAACGUUUACAUUCUGCUGCUCAGGAUGAAGCUACGAAGCUGGUCUGGGAGCAUCAGAAUCCGGGAACAGCAUACAAAAACCCGAAUGCUGCUUAUCGCAAUCCGGAUCUACACGGGACCAAUAGAUUUCGACAACAUCUAGAGAAGGGCAGUCAUGCCAGGAGCCAGACUAUGUCUGGUGCCGAUGUUCCAUAUAGUCACAGAAAGUCUCUUUCGGAAUCGGGAAGUCAUGAAGAGGCCCAAUCUCCGACAAGUUCAAGCGCAUCUACGAAAGAAAGCAUCAAGAAGAAAGGAAGAGUCAAUUUUGCCCUGCCAUCUGAAGAUGGUUCACCUGAGGCGCGUCAUGUGGCGCCACAAGCAAGGAUGGUGAGCAACGAAUCUUCAAAGGGUAUCUUCCGGAAUCCAGAAGACUCGAUAUAUGAAGAGCCAGAAGAUUCGAGUACGCAGAUUGAUGGCCAGAGUACGUCCGCAAAUACACGAUCUGCGCUUAAAGUGAAGCCCAGGAAUUCUUUACCACAAGGCGCAAAUCCCCCCGUUCGAGUUAGGAACUCUCCUUUUGACAGAAAGAACAAAGUCGAUAUAUAUAAGAACCCCCCGAGUCAGACACGGAAUCCUCUAUAUACGACAAAUGCACCUAUCCAGACUUCUCAGGAGUCAAGGAAGAAGGAAAAGGAAGCAGUAGAGGAGGAGGAGGAGGAAGAAGAAGAAGAAGAAGAAGAAGAAGAAGUGCGUAUGAAGAAUGGGAUGGAAGUUCGAAGUGACGAUAUUAGAGCAGCUACAAGCAUGAGGCUUAAAGACAGAAGUCCGAAAUUGCCCAUGCCUACAGCUGUCAGUGACCGACCAGGGCAACCUAUCGUAAGCUUUGAUCCGGCUUGGGAGCCUCCCGAAGAGAAAAGCAACUCCCGAGACGGUACUCCUGUAAUCAAUGUUGUCGGUGCAUCGGACAACAUCCCGACCAUCAAUUUCCCCGACGACCCGAAAGAAGAUGUACCGUCAAUUGCCGUUGAACCACCGAAGGUAGAAGUCACCGGAGCAUCAGAGUCUGUUGCGUCUAGACGCCGCAAGUUCGAUAACCCUCAAGGCAUGCAACCAACUUCACAAGGCAAAUGGUAUUCCCCUUUUACAAGAGCCGGUGUCCCUACUGCGACCUGCAUGAAUUGUGUGUUACCCAUUGAAGGCCGUGUAGUCACAGCCGCUGGAUCUCGAUUCCACCCUGAAUGUUUCUCAUGCUAUCACUGCGGAACUGGACUGGAAUGCGUCGCAUUCUAUCAAGAACCAGAAGUAAAGCGGGAAGAGAGGCUAUCUCAAUCUGCGCCUGGGGACGACGAGGCCCGCUUGUUACGCUUUUACUGUCAUCUUGACUUUCACGAAUUAUUUAGCCCGCGCUGCAAGAGUUGCAAGACUCCAAUCGAAGGAGAGGUUGUCGUCGCUUGCGGUGCUGAAUGGCACGUGGGCCACUUCUUCUGCGCUGAAUGCGGCGAUCCCUUCUCACAAGAGACACCCUUCGUCGAAAAGGAUGGAUUUGCCUGGUGUCUCCACUGCCACUCCCGUCGCACGGCAUCACGAUGCCUCGGGUGUAAGCAACCCGUUCUAGAAGACGUCAUCGUCACAGCUCUCGGCGGCCAAUGGCACGAUAAAUGCUUUGUCUGUCAUACCUGCGGCGGUGGCUUUGGACCCGAAGGUCGAUUCUUUGUGAAGGAAGGUGAACCGAAACGUACUGCCAAGGGCCGGAUCAUUGGUGGUCCUGUACAACUGGCGGUUUGUGAGGCUUGUGAGGCUAGACGGUUGAAGGCCUGA